GAAUCGUUAUAUGCACUUUGCAUGAAUUGUCUACCGAUGCGCCCUUUCCCAAUACCGUCAUCAGUGCCACCGCCAAUAACUUUUUCGCUUCCCGCUGUUCCGAGAAGUUCAGAGCAACCUCAUCCAUGUUCAUCUGACACGAAAGCAGACAGUUCCGUUAGUUGCCCUCGGCCCGUUCGACAAGAGGACGUCACUGCAUGCAGCGAUGAAAAGCUUGGCGGUGACGAAGACACUGUUUUCUUUUCAGUGAUUCCGACAUAUUGCAUUGAUGAAAAUGGCGAUCCGGUUCUGGAUGAGCUUCCGGUCAGAAAAAAAAAGUCUGUGUCAAAUGUCAAGGUCUAUUUCAAGUGUCAAGAUCUGCGCAGCAGGUCUGUUCCGAGGCUCUCGACGACCACUCUGGCCAGUGGUUAUGCGCAUUAUUUCGCCGAAUUUAUGCAGGGAGCCACUGGGAGAGGAUUGGAGCCGUCCUCACUGUCAUCUACUCGAAGUAAUGGCGGCGAAGAGGAGGAAGUGUUUGCUGAAUUGGUAGACAACGCUGCAAAGGUAUGUAUCACUGGAUAA